UCCUGCUGGAGGCGGGAUUGCAUUGCCCCGGGGCCGGGCACAGGUGCAACGCGGCUUGAUCACCAGGGCCCUUGCCUCUGCUGACCGCGGGCCUGAACGCAGGACCCCCCACUGGUCCUCUGCUGCCACCUUGUGGCCACUUCCCAGAUGGCAGGUAGGAGCCUGAGAUCUUUCUCUGGUUCCAGUUCCGGGAAACUCUUGGGCCCGCUGGAGCCUUGCCCACCCCCGGAGUGCUUCGUGUGGCCAAAUACUGUGGGUGAUUAUCGGGGCCUGGAACCAGAAGAAGGAGGAGGAGAAGGACGACGACGACGACGACGACGACGACGACGACCAGGCUUCUAUGCUUGAAGAGUUUGAUGACUGGUGAGGGAAACAGACUCUAAAUGAAGGUGCUGAGGCACGGAAAGUUGGACUGAUGUGCCCGUGACAGCAAGCAGCAGAGCCCGGGAUUCAAGCACAGGCUCCUCCCUACAGAGUCUGGGGCCGUAAGGACCAAGCACAGUGCCUCUCCAGCCCCUGGAGGUUAACGACCUGGCCUGACUGUGUCUCUACUCAUGCUGCAACCCCCCUCCCCCACUGGGCUCUUUUGGAGCCCCUCCACAUCUCCUCCUCAUCCGGACCACUGCAGUGCGUAUGUCCCGACUUCGGAAGCCACUACUGUUUCUCUGAGGCUUUUCUGAGGCUGCCAGGGCCUACUCUGCAUGCCAGGACGGGCAACAGGCUUGCUGAAAACUCACGCUCUCUCUCCCUCACCCCACCACUCCUGGUACCAGCCCCAUAGCCCUCUAUCAGUGAGGAAGAGCUGGGGUAUAAAUACCCCAGCUCCCUUGCCCUUACAUGGGAUAAAUUUAAGGCUGUGGGCUUCACUGCCUCUGUAGUUCCCCAGGGCGACUAAGCUCCAGUUACCCCCAGUGCACACAGGCAUGUGUCACACCUUCCCUGGCUGCCUUCCUUGUUCACUUCCCCCUUUCCUACCAGUAUCCCCCUCACCUCCCCAAUAAGCUACCUGCGUGCAAAUCCUUGCCUCAGGAUGUGCUUCCGGGGGACCCCAGACUAAGUUCCCCACCUGGCACCCCUUCCCCUCGGCCAGCUCUGCACAAAAGACCCCAAGGCCAGUGACAGCCCCAUCCAAGGGUGUGGGGAGUAAGAAUAGCUAUGACCAAGCAGCAGACACCGUCGUAAGCACUUUCUGUGAACUCAAUCUUCUAAUCCCCACAACGACCCUUCCAGGGGGCCCUAUUAUUACCAUCCUCGGUCGUCGUACAGUUGAGGAAACUGAGGCUCAGAAGGGCUAAGCAACGUGUCUCAGGCCCUAGCAUGUAGUGGAAUUAGAACCUUGUGCAGAUAACGUGAAUUUGUGGGGAUAAACCCCGGGUGAGCGUACAGACUGGUUAAUGCCUGUGUCUGGUCCCUUAUGUUACUUCUCCCUUUGUGAUCUUGGACCAGCUCUAAGCUUUAAGGCUUAGCCCAGGGCCCAACGUGUCUUAGGGCUCAAAAUCGUUCCUGAAAUGACACCCACAAAUCAAAUCGCUUUUCGCCGUGCAUGCCUCUCACAGUGUCCAGCUGGUCCCUUCAUGGUCUUACCACAUGCUGUAUUUAUUUUCAUUUUGCUUUGCUGAUUUGUUUCCUUUACAGUUUAUCUGCUCCACGUGACAAGAAGGCACAGGAGAGCAGAAUCCUUGUCUAUGGCGAUCUUCCUGUAUCCUUAGCACCUACUGUGACACCUGGCAACUAGAGUCUGGGGAGUCUUUGGGCACAAGGUGACGUGUAAGUUGUUUCCUGGCGGUAAACGUGGAGCAUCUGGAUGGGAAGACAUUGCGAUGACAAGAGACAAGGAGGACGUGUCAGGUCGAGGACAUAGCAGACCAGAGGGACCGGCAGCUUCAUCAGGAGCACCUGCAUGGAUCCACAGGGUGUGGGAGCUAAUAGAAACUGUGAAGAGGGGGCCCCACUUGCAGAUGAGAAGACAGAGUCUCAUGGAGGACCCCAUGGAAAGAAGAUCCAGGAGACUGGCGAAUGGAGACCAGUGUGAGCUUUUUAUCAAUAAACUGGACAGCAUGGCCUCCUAUCUGUGGUCAGAGGUUUUACUGCGCUCUACUUUCCCGCCGUGGACCUGGGACAGCCCACCAGGGAGAGAGAGAGAGAACGCAGGUAACGCACUCGCGUGAGUGAGGGAGAGGCAGAGGGAGACAGAGUAUCUUAAGCAGCAAGGAUUCGCACUCAGCACACAGUCGGACUUGGGGCGCGAUCUCACAAGCCUGGCUGGGACCAGGCGCUGGAAGCAAGAGUCAGAUGCUCAACCGACCGAGCUACCCAGAGAUUCCUGAAGGGGUCUCAGAGAACUUCAGAGGUGACUAACCCACAGGCUGGGAACCACUGUCCUCAAGUAUAGUGCUCAAGUCCUCAAGUCUCAAGUGCUUCUGAGAGCGUGUGCCGUGAAGUCAUGCUGCCUUCCACGAAACAGGCCAAACUGGCAGGGAAUGCUCCAAAAUUGCUCAGAUGUCACUGUGACGGGAGACCCGCCUACUGGCAGCUAUCACGUGCUACAGCCAUCAGCGUGAACUAAUGGAUUUACAUUGGAAUCUAUAUCAUUAACUGAUUUUGCUGUACCUUGCUGUUGCUGAUACACUAUUUACCAACUGACAUGGACGACCUUCGCCAAUAGUGUUUCUUUUAAAGCAUGCUUCGGCUGGCGCCCAAAUAAGUUUGGUCCUUAAAUACUUUAGAGACCAUGCUCUGUCAGCUCCACGUGGAGGGAAAUCCAGGGGACUGGUCGUGAAGGACUGGCGAAGACUCUGAACGUCUGUUGUUGGCCAAUACAAAUAGCAUAAACGUACGAGGAGAGAAGAGGCUGCCAAGCUGUGUGGGUGUCUGGAGAGCUGGAGCCUGUGUGAAUCUUCCUCGGGCUGGAGGAAAAGCUCCCUCGAAAGCCCCAGACUCUCGGACAGUGAGGAGCGAUCUGCGCGUUGCCUUGCCCCAUGUCACAAAUCUGCAGCUUCUGUCCCCUCGGCCAGGGGAUCAGACGCCAGUUCCGAGUGCAUGGUGCUCCACACUGCCCACUCACCUCUCUGGUUCCAUUCUCUGUCUCCCGGAUGACCGACCACCCCUCUUCCUUAGGUCUCACCGUGCCACUGAGAAGGGCGAACACGGCCACGCCUGGUUUACCGGUCACAUCUUCCACGGUCACCAACCCCCGUUGCUCAGAACACAGCCACGGGGUUGGUCGCUCACGUAAUUGCGUGCUGAGGGACCUGUAUCUUCCAUCGGACUGUGGCUUCCACCAGCCCAAACACCUACCUGGUUUGUAGCUGAGGCCCCGGCACUUGGCCAGAUGCAGUAAACCCCUUACUGACCUGUGAAAAUUUGGGAUGAAAUCUCAUUUUGCCUGCUGUUCCUAAUACCAUUCACUCAUUCAACAAGUGCUCAUCAAGGAACAUCUCUGUGCCUGGCACACACCUGCUUUUCUGCCUAAGCAGUGCCCACCGGCAGCUAGCAAAAACCUUUUCAGUGACUGGGGAGAAGCCAGAGUGACUGAGGCUUUGGCACGGGCUGAGAAAGAGCUGGCUGCCUUCCUCCUACUCCUUCCUCCUGGCUCCCUCGCCCAGAGGGGCGAGCCAAGGACUUGGGCAGAGUAUUCCGAGAGGCACGAUUUGGGGAUCAGAUAACAAUUCAACCACUUAGAGGCUGUGUGACCUUGGCCAACUGACUUUACCUCUCUGAAGCUGUUGACUCGCCUGUAAACGUGCGGCUAAUAAUCGUGCAUACCUCACAGAAUGGUUUUGAUUUUAUGUGAAAUAAUGUCUAUAAAGGUCACAGACUUGGGCUUCGUAGUGGAGUCCUCAUUGUUGCUGUUAUUUUCCUCCUGGGUAUUGUAUUUAUUAGAUGGGUCGGCUCUGGUCAGACUGAAGAACCUCCUGAGACCCUACCACUACCUGCCAUUCCCACAGACUUGCGUCAUGGUGGGGCCUGAGACCUCCCAUAUGCCAGGCAAGGCUACUGAGGUGCAGAGGACUUGUGUAACACUACCCAGUGAGCCUGCUGUGGCCAUCAAGACUCCCAGGCCCCUCCUUCCACUGAGCCACAUGUUUUCUCUGAAGAAGAGUUGAGCCUUUAAAAAAAAAAAAAUUAAGUUCCCAGCAGAAGGGAUGCCCCCCAUUCUCUUGCCUGAAGUUUCCCUGGCACAGCUGUCUUUGCACCAUUAGUGGGUGGCGAGGCCCGGCUGGUCUUCGCUGAUGCGUGUUUUACAUUUGCUAACUUCAGCUCAGCCGCCGCACACGGGCGCACCCCGGAUAGGCUCGCUGUAGAGCUGGCAGAGGCGGGCUCCCCUUCUCUGCAGGAAACAGAUGCAUCUCGGCUGGAAGCCUGCCAUCACCUUCGUGUGGCUUAUGAACCCAGAGCACAGCAUGCUGGGGUGUCAGAAUACCAGCGUCUGCUUCCAGCAAAACCACAGCCGCAGCUGAUUCGACCAACGAGAGGAUCCAGCAGGAAAGCCAUGCAGGAGAAGAGAGAUCGUUGCAUUUGUUCCCCCAGCUCUCUCCCUGCUAGCUGUGGUGUGCCCGAGAUCCUGUUCUGCUUAAGACAUGCUCCUCCUCUUGGUAGCCUUCUCCUCCAGCUACAGGCCUCGCAGGGUCCAGGCCUUGUGCCACACAACGGUGCCGUAUUCUCCUGCUUGGACUCGGGGCAGGACUUACUCCUACCAACGGGAUGUUCAGCGUGGGAUUUAAACAGGAGCUGGAAAUGUGCUUGCACCCUUGGGCUUAUCUGCUCUUCUACCCUGGUGUUGCCAAAUGAACGUGCCCCAGGCUGGCCUGCUGGAGGAUGAGAAAUGGGUAGACCGGCGUCGUGUGGCCCGGGUUGUCCCAGCUGUGGCCAACACAGAUCAGGCUGACGGAGCCAGUGCAGCUGGAAGGAAAAGCACGGCGAGCAGGGAGCGCUUGAAGCGCAGCCAGAAGAGCACCAAGGUGGAGGGGCCCGAGCCCGCGCCGGCCGAGGCCUCCCUGAGUGCCGAGCAGGGAACGAUGACGGAGGUGAAGGUGAAGACAGAGCUACCUGAUGACUACAUCCAGGAGGUGAUCUGGCAGGGGGAGGCCAAGGAGGAGAAGAAGGUGGUCAGCAAGGACGGGCCAGGCGACGUGCCCGCCGAGAUCUGCGUGGUGAUUGGUGGCGUUCGUAACCAGCAGACCCUCGAUGGAAAAGCGCCCGAAGGCAGCCCCCACGGUGGAUCUGUGCGAAGCCGCUAUUCAGGGACCUGGAUUUUUGACCAAGCGUUGAGAUAUGCAUCUGGAUCCUAUGAGUGUGGAAUCUGUGGCAAGAAGUACAAAUAUUAUAACUGUUUCCAGACCCACGUACGGGCACACCGAGACACUGAAGCCACCUCAGGGGAGGGAGCCUCCCAAGGCAACAAUUUCAGGUACACAUGUGACAUCUGUGGGAAGAAGUACAAAUACUACAGCUGCUUCCAAGAGCACCGGGACCUGCACGCGGUGGAUGUAUUUAGUGUGGAAGGGGCCCCUGAGAAUCGGGCAGACCCCUUCGACCAAGGUGUCGUGGCCGCUGACGAAGUGAAGGAGGAACCCCCGGAACCGUUCCAGAAAAUCGGGCCAAUGAACAAUAUUACAUCAGAAAUUUUUAAGAAGAAAGAAGUUAGGCAGUGCCCAAAGAGAGAAACUGGCAAUUACACCUGUGAAUUCUGCGGAAAGCAGUACAAGUACUACACGCCCUACCAGGAGCACGUGGCCUUACACGCCCCCAUCAGUACCGCCCCUGGGUGGGAGCCACCGGACGAUCCAGACACAGGCUCUGAGUGUUCACAUCCGGAGGUCUCCCCAUCUCCACGCUUCGUGGCAGCGAAGACCCAGACGAACCAGUCGGGGAAAAAAGCUCCGGCCUCCGUGGUCCGAUGCGCCACCCUCUUACACCGCACCCCUCCAGCCACCCAAACCCAGACGUUCCGCACUCCAAAUUCGGGAUCUCCGGCAAGCAAGGCAACUGCAGCAGAAAGCGCUUUCAGUCGGAGAGUAGAAGGCAAAGCACAAAACCACUUCGAAGAGACAAAUAGCAGUUCCCAAAACUCCAGCGAAACUGCAAGUCCCCUGAUUUCCAAUCCUUUCCCUCUCCUACAGAAGCCCUACACCUGUGGCGCCUGUGGGAUCCAGUUCCAGUUCUACAACAACCUGCUGGAGCACAUGCAGUCCCACGCAGCGGACAACGAGAACAACAUCGCCUCCAACCAGUCUCGAUCGCCACCUGCUGUUGUGGAAGAGAAGUGGAAACCGCAGGCCCAGAGGAACAGCGCCAACAACACCAUGACCGGCGGUUUAACACCCAACAGCAUGAUCCCCGAGAAGGAGCGGCAGAAUAUCGCAGAGCGGCUGCUGAGGGUCAUGUGUGCCGACCUGGGCGCACUGAGCGUGGUGAGUGGGAAGGAGUUCUUGAAACUGGCCCAGACGCUGGUGGACAGCGGUGCCCGCUAUGGGGCCUUCUCGGUCACAGAGAUCCUGGGCAACUUCAACACACUGGCGCUGAAGCACCUGCCCCGCAUGUACAACCAGGUGAAGGUGAAGGUGACGUGUGCCUUGGGCAGCAACGCCUGCCUGGGCAUCGGUGUCACCUGCCACUCGCAGAGCGUCGGCCCCGACUCCUGUUACAUCCUCACGGCCUACCAGGCCGAGGGCAACCACAUCAAGAGCUAUGUGCUGGGCGUGAAGGGCGCGGACAUUCGCGACAGCGGCGACCUGGUGCACCACUGGGUGCAGAACGUGCUGUCGGAGUUCGUGAUGUCCGAGAUCAGGACAGUGUACGUGACCGACUGCCGGGUGAGCGCGUCCGCUUUCUCCAAGGCCGGCAUGUGCCUUCGCUGCUCAGCCUGUGCCUUGAACUCGGUGGUGCAGAGCGUGCUGAGCAAGCGGACGCUGCAGGCCCGCAGCAUGCAUGAGGUCAUCGAGUUGCUCAACGUGUGCGAGGACCUGGCAGGCUCCACGGGCCUGGCCAAGGAGACCUUCGGGUCCCUCGAGGAGACCUCGCCGCCGCCCUGCUGGAACUCGGUCACAGACUCGCUGCUGCUGGUACACGAGCGCUACGAGCAGAUCUGCGAGUUCUACAGCCGCGCCAAGAAGAUGAACCUCAUCCAGAGCCUCAACAAGCACCUGCUCAGCAACCUGGCGGCCAUCCUGACGCCGGUGAAGCAGGCGGUCAUCGAGCUGAGCAACGAGAGCCAGCCCACCCUGCAGCUCGUGCUGCCCACCUACGUCAGGCUGGAGAAGCUGUUCACGGCCAAGGCCAAUGACGCGGGCACCGUCAGCAAGCUGUGUCACCUCUUCCUGGAGGCCCUCAAGGAGAACUUUAAAGUGCACCCGGCGCACAAGGUGGCCAUGAUCCUGGACCCGCAGCAGAAGCUGCGGCCCGUCCCGCCCUACCAGCACGAGGAGAUCAUCGGCAAGGUGUGCGAGCUCAUCAACGAGGUGAAGGAGUCCUGGGCCGAGGAGGCCGACUUCGAGCCCUCCGCCAAGAAACCCCGCUCCGCCGCGGGCGAGAACCCUGCAGCUCAGGAAGACGAUCGGCUUGGGAAAAAUGAAGUGUACGAUUACCUGCAGGAGCCCCUCUUCCAGGCCACCCCUGAUCUCUUCCAGUACUGGUCGUGCGUUACCCAAAAGCACACGAAACUCGCCAAGCUGGCCUUCUGGCUGCUCGCGGUCCCGGCCGUGGGGGCCAGGAGCGGGUGUGUAAAUAUGUGUGAGCAAGCGCUUCUAAUCAAAAGGAGGCGACUGCUCAGUCCGGAAGAUAUGAACAAACUCAUGUUUCUGAAAUCCAACAUGCUUUAAGACUUGACUUCGGAACAAAAAGAAAUAAGAAAGAAAAGAAAAGAAAAAGAGAAGAGAAACAUUAGGAAAACACACACACACACACACACACACACACACACACACACACACACAACACUGUCGCAAACAAAGAAAAGGAAUUUAAGUUCUAAACACUGUGGACCUCAUUAUAAAUGCCCCCUGGAAACUUAAGUGCUUUUUCAGUGUGUGUGUGCAUGUGUGUGCACACCCGCACACGUGUGGACGUGUCCCAGCACGUGCACCAUGGGUGUGGGGCGUGGGGGCCCCGUGCUCGUCUGCGCAGCCACGGCAGCUCUGUGCACGCAUGCACACACACACAGCCCUGGUGCAUGUGCACGUGCCUGCUCGUGGGCGCGUGUGCAUUAAACUGGGUGUGUCAGGAAAGCUGAGUGGGAAAGAGGGAAGACGCUUCACCUCCUUUUCUCAGUGAGGGGGCUUUAAAGACUCCGUUUUCAGGUGUGCAGAUUGGUAGAAAGCUGAUGUCGUAAAAACGUUCAGGCAGCUGAGAUCUGAAGUGACUUGACGCUUUCUAUCCUUGACCCCGUGGUCCCCACCCAUCCCUCCUGACCCUCCCCCCCUCCCCCCUCCACGCCCUCCUGACCCUCAUGCACCCACCCCUUCCCGGCUGCUCUGCCAUGGAUUCUCCAGACUGCAUCAGAUGGACAGUUUCUGCACUGGACUUUGUUCUCGUUCACCUUCAGGGCAUUGAGCUGUUGCCUUCGAGAUACCCUUGGGUGUCACAGGGCAGCCGCCUUAGAAACACAUCUAUCUAUCUCCCCAAAUCAGGAAAGGAGACUUUAAGAAUAUAAAGCUGACUUUUUGCUUUUUAAUAUAAGAUAGAAAAAAAACAUUUUUUAAAGAAGUAUAGAUACUGUCUCCACUCCUUAAUAAUUGUUUUUCCUAACAUUUUAGCAGUUUUUACCUUUUUUUUUUUUUUUUCAAAUUUGAUUUUAGACUCUGCUAGGAGGCACUGAAUGUCUGUAACUUAUGUUUUGGAGGUUUUUUUUUUUUUUUUUUUCCCAGUUGCCCUUUUUGUUCCUCAAAUCACACUGUAAACUAGCUCAUCUCAGUGGUAUACUCAGUAUCCUAAGGUUUUUAUUAGCCCUCCCUGUACAGUCCCAUUUUCAUGUAUUUGAACAGCCAAGACCAUGAACGUACUUGGCUUGGCUGUUUGGGAACCAGGAGUGGGGUUGGAGUCACGGAUUUCACAGAGGUGGGGUUCAGUGGAAGCCAUAGGGAAGCAUGUGGCUUGGGAGUGUUCCUGAAUGUAAGCGGAAGGCCCGCCCUCCUGGUUCGCUGUGUCUGGUACUGCGAAUGUCUGAUUUAUAUACCCAGAGUGCAUUACACUACUCGCCCCAUCACUGACACUUCCGGCCCCGCAGGGACUCCUGAGUCCACCCAUGUUCACGUCUGUCUCGCCUCGGACCCACGGCCCCUCCCCCCUCCCCAGGACCCCAGGGAUUCCGGUGGUUCCAUUGCCCGCAGCCUGGGGUUCCCCACGUGGGCCUCAGCCCUCCUUCCAGGACAGUAGUUGAGCACGGUGCCUUGUGGGCCUAACAGUUGAUGUCUUGAAGGUAGAAUGGCAUUAUCAGACCACAUUCCCCUUGAGGCUGUGAAAGAUGGCUUUUCUAUCCAUGAGGAAUUUACGUUUUACACACUCAGUCCAUAUGGCAAGAGGGUGGCCCCUUUGCCCUUACAAGAGGUGGUCUGUCACGGUCAGUACUCCACCCCCCACCCCACCUCUCCACGAGUAACGUGCCGGUGGCCGCCUGUCCCCCCAGUGCCCACGCCUGUAGGAUACAGGUGGUUAUGCCAAGGGCUUCGGGCGAAGAACGACCACCAUCACGGAGGACUCUUUGCAAAGGCACGUUUUACCAUUUUGAGGGUUGACUCCACUCUGUCCCUUCCUGUUAAUAAAGCAUUACUUAGCCGUGAGAUACCUCGAUUCCAAAAAGCACUGUACAACAUCCCCAUCCCCGGGUCCGUAGCAGAUGGGGAAGUCGAGUUGGUUCAGAGACUCAAGAAGGCUUAGGAUUAUAGGCCAGAACAGUGUCCCUGGGGGCCGAGCCCGCUCACGUCACCUCAUGAGAACUAACCCAGCUUUCCCCUCCCAAGUGUUGGACGUACUAAAACGCAUCAAAGUGGGCCGUUCGAAGCUUCGCUCCAGCAAGCCGUGGUCUCGGGAACCAAUGUGCCAUUUCCUCUCCUGGAGAAGCUCUGGGUAUUUCCCCCCCAUUUCCAAUCGGGUCACGUCACCAGAAGAGCCUCCAUCUGCACUGGACGGUCACCAGAUGGCGCUUUCUAGAGCGCGUGGGAGCAUCAGCAGACCUUACGAUCGGAGCGUUGAGGACAUUCCAGAAGGCGGCUGCAGGGUUGCUGCAGAGUGACAGGUGCAUCCUGCAGCAGAAGGCCCCUCCAGUUUUGCUUUGCUGCUGGGGGAGGGUCCACGACCUGGCCCUUUGAACCGCACGAGGAGGAUCAGAGUUGCCCACUUGGUGUGGUUGGUGGGAGCAGAGCCUCGGAGCCUGUCCUCCCUCUACUGAAGGCAGAGUGGUUACACCAUUGCCCUGUGUUUGGGCCAGUUAGUUAGAAAACAGACAUUUUACUCUCUUGCAAAGCCAUCAGAGACCAAGCCCAGAUAAUGCGUUUAGAGCACUCCACAUUCUCUUUGGAACAUGGGGAUAUCUGCCCUCCAGAGUGAAAAUUCGAGGAAGUCUAGUUAACUUUAGGUAUGAAGUCCUAUGUGUCCCCCCCCCCCCCCAUUCUGUUCUUUUCUCCAACCCUCGGGCUUGGCUUGCUCUGCAGGUUUAAGGUGGAUGCCACUGGACACUCUCAACGCUGUCUCCAGGGGCUGCCUCCUCCAGGAUGGUGACCCGGUGGCAGGUGGUCCUUUCUCUCUUGCAGCCACUGGUUCCUCAGAAACUGGGGUCGCGAACAGGAAAGGCUGUAUCAAGGUGCCCCUUCAGUCGGCUUUCUCACGCAGGCCAUUCCCGUAGUGCACGUCUUGCUGCAGUGAACAGCUUAGUAAAAUCCAAAGAUCUCACAGGCUCAGCCACUGGCCCCUCGUUUCCAGCAAUAUCCACCUCACCCACAUUCUAGUUUAGCCAAAGGACUGAGGUAGACUCUUCCAGUUCAUCUCCCGGCACCUCCCCUGGCAUCGACCUUCAGAAAGAUUCUGUCUUCUGCACCCCCGUUCUGUGACCACUUUGGGACUUUCCACCACAGGCCCUUGGUUGCUGGCAGAGCAGGAAAUAGGGCCAUUUCUGUCAUGUUCUCGACCGCUCAAGGUGGUUGUGUGCUGACUCGGACACGGCCUGCCUCAAGCCAUGCGAUUCCCAGGACAGAAAUGGUCUGGCGCUGACAUCCAUGGAUCCCAGGGGGGAGGUGGAGAGAACGCGCCUCCCCUCUGCAGGGUGUUUUCCCCUCCCGUGAGGCCACUGGGCUUCACCACCAAAGCCAGGGCCAAGGACUGCAGCCUCACGGGUGGUCGAUGGAGUAGCCUGGGCGUGGCUGCUCUUGUCCCAACGCCGUUCUCCCUCCCUGUGCCCGGGUCCACCAGCCAGGCCCCCCUCAGAUGGGGGCUGAAAGCCGGGAAGCGAAACGGAGGGGCCGCGCGAGCAGAGCUCCUGCCUGCACUUCACCUUGGGGGUUCGUGGUGCAGAAAGCUGCGGGCCGUACCUGCCAGCGAGGUUCCUUUGCCACCGUCCCCACCUGAUGGCCUCUGGCUUGGCUGCCGGGGACCGGCCCUUGGCUGGGAGAAGGGUACAAAGGUUUCCUGGUGAGAGAACCGUCCGAGGAAGGACUUUCUUUUUACAUCUGGUCCAUUGGCUGGCAAGUGAUCUCUCCCUGAGUUUGCUCUUUAUCUCCUGCACUUUCAAGAAACACCAGGGAAAAACUCUGCAAGGCGUGUUUUCCACUGUGAAGCCUCAUCUCGCCUUCAGGAGGCCCCUGUGCUUAUGCGAGGGGCAACCUGGGGAGACGUCAGGGAUGCAGCACGCACUCUCGGGGGCCACGCGUUCACGAGAAAGGCUUGAAGGAAAGCUGGGUUGCGGACGGAGCUGGGCUCCUGUGAGCGACCGCCCAGGACGGGGGCAGUACCUGGGAGCCGUCGUCAGGAUGGCUGUGCUCGCAGAGACGGGAAGAGGAGGUAACCCGGGGCGUUGGGAGCGGUCUCCCGCCCCGCUGAGCUGGGGUGAGUUCACAGCACGGCGUCUGUGUCCCCGGGGCGUACCCGACGGGGAGCUCCCGGAAAGGCUGCUGGUUUAGGUAGAACAGAGAGGCUGAGUCAGGCUCCGGCUGUCCCCUGGAGACCGUCGGUGGGGGCUCCCGCCUCAGCCCUGCCGGCCCCAGCCCAGGCCCCCGGAUCCAGCUGGGCCGUGGGGAGGACUGGGAGGGGGCCUGCCCCUCUCUUCACUGUGGCUAACGUUUGCUAGGCCAGUUAUGGUGAACCAAUGAUACAGUGUCUUGUCCUCUUAUGUUUCCCUCCCGGUUUCCCCUCUUCAGGGUCUUCUGGAGGAUUUGGUGGUGGUGGUGGUGGUAUUGUUUUUCUUCCUCUCUCAUUCGGGUUUGAGGACGGUGGUCAGUAGAGGCCUGCCUUUCCCUGGAGGGGCCUGUGGGUUCUGUGUGAAGACGCACCUGCUCCCGCUUUGAUGAGGGGGAAGGUCCUUAGGUCGCCGUUGGCUUCUGUUCAUGCCUCCCACGGCCGCCACCGGCCACCACCACGGGUGUCGCUUUAAAGAUCCAGCUCCUGUUCCAGAGAAGGAUUCGCUAGGUCUGCAGUUGGGCGUCAGCAUCAGGACCCACGAGGGUCCUACCCACCCGUGCGUCCCCACCGGGCACCUUGACUCUUCGAACCAAAGUUCCUUAAAGGGGCACAGCCCAGCCUUGUCCGCAACCUCAGGGGCCUGGGAUCCCUGUGGCGCUUCCUGAAGUCCAGGUCGGCAGAGACCGUGGGGUCUGCGGCCAGCCGGAAGGAGGCCUCCUCCCACAACCCAGGUGCCAGCCGGUCCCCGCCUGGGGCCCUUCCUCCGCCCAGCCGGGGGGUGGGGGUGGGGGGCCGGGUUCCCAGGCGGCGAGCCAGCUCGCGGACUGGCGUGGGGCUGGGACUCGCCAGCCAGGAGAGAGAGGACCCGCCGGGCAGCGCGUCCGGGGCCAUUCAGAUCCCAAGCAUCAGGAAAUCAUUUUGUACAACCACCCGAAGCAGAGAUAUUUUUUAAGAAGCGUAAAUUAUUUUCAGUUGUUUUCUGAUCCUGCCUUUUUCUUUUCCCUGCAACUUCGCAUCGGUGAUUCUUUCACAUCAGGUAAAUCUCGAGAAAGCCUUGGUGCCCCUCCCUCCCUGCACCCCGCUCAGUAACCACGUGCGUGCACCCCAUCCUUUCUCAGUAGUUAAGACGUUCUAGGCAAUACCAUAGGCACAUCUGACUGUGUCUCUCUCUUCGAGUGCAAGAAACUCAAGUCAUCUUAAAAAAAUACAAAAAAAAAAAUUUACAAAAAAACAAACACAAAAAAAAUAUCUUUUUUAGGCCAGAGUUUUCUACAGGUAUUAAUGAAUAUUUUUCUUAAUCCUUAUAAGUUUUAUGUGUUUAAUAUUUCUUAAUACCGGUAGCAUUAAUUUAUACUUUUGUAGCAACACAAUAUUUUUAUAAACAGCCAGUGCUUGGCUCCAGUCUCCACGAGGGGUUUAUGCAGGGCCAUCUUGGGACCCUGCGUACCAUGUACUGUAUUUAAAAAAAAGUUACCUAGUGUCACCCUUGCUGUGUUAAUUAACAAAAGACGUUGUUCGCGGUCUCCUGUGUCGUUGGUGUGGAUCCAACAGCUCUCCAAGGAGUCACGUUGCAUGGGGGUUGAGUUGACGGUUCUUGUGAUACGUAAACCCCCGAGACCAAACUUGAGGGUUUAUUUAGGGUUUUUUUGUUCGUCCUUUGGGAUUUUCGUUUCACUUUGUUUUGGUACCGUAUCUCCAUUUACAGCCAAAUCCGUUUCGUGAUGUUUAAAACUUUUUCUGAUGUGAAAUGGAGGAAAGGAACAGGAAAAAAAAAAAAAAAAGAUUUUUACAAAGUAAUAAAAUUUAAAACUGAGCUGUUUCAAUGUUGCUGUUUUUACCUGUCUGUUCUUGUCCAAAAGUGGGACAUUCCCAGGAAGAAGAGGAAGGUUCCGCUUGGUUCCUUAAAUCGCCAAAAGCCCCCGCCCAGAAUUCACGCCCUACCCCCGAAUUCUUGCAACAUUAUUUCCCAGUUGGUUGAUGCCAAGGCAAAAAGACAUCCUUUUAAUGGUUAGAGAGGAUCAGUUACUUAAACGAUUUCAUGUCAGUGUUGUAUUUAUGGUUUUACAAUAAAACAACCUUUAGGAA